AUGAAGAGCUUCGUCUCCACUUUGUAUAUCACUCUGCUUACCACAUCCGUCCUCACCGUCACGGCUCUUGAUGCACAGACGUGUUUUGAAGUCUGCAGUAAGCCGGCUAUCGAAGAGCAGUGCCCCAGUGCAGCCGUCGAAUGCACUUGCAAAAACGAAGAAUUUAUAUCUCUGCUCUACAUGUGCAUCCAGCGAACAUGCCAAGAAUCGCUCAAUGAAGCAGAGGCCAUACAUACCAACAUGUGUGAAUGA